UAGCUUAUCGGCGAGACUUACGGACUCAAUGCUGACUUGACCUCUCGGUCACGCUGUAGACCCCGUUCAGCAGCUUCAACGAACAGACGUUGUGUACAUCCACCCCCCGGAAUACUUUGAGAUACCCAGUUUGCGCGCAUGAUUCGAUAGGAUAUCGACGACCGUUUCUCGCAACCCGUCGACUCGACUUGCGCUCUCCCCUAUUGGUCGUUCUCUCACUUCCUCACCACCACAGUCGGACGCUCGUGUCGCUGUGAUGCCUUACACGCCCCCUUCCCACAGAUCACCAGCUUCGUCAGCUUCAGCCUCCCCGGAUGUCAGCCGUCGAUCUUCAAUCCUGUCUGGUAGCCGUCCUUCUCUGCCCAGAUCCGCUUCAUACUUGAGCAAGCACCGUCGUGCGCCCUCGGUGGUGGAUGGAUCAAUAGGCUCUUUGACGCCUCAGGGCACGGCGGAGGAUUUGCCAGCGUUGGCGGUUGAAGCGGGCAACCAUAUUUCCCCUUCUAUCCGGCAAUCACCGCCCCCGCGAACCGACGAGAACGGUAUGCCCAAGGGUGCAGUCAUCUCUCCUCCAGACUCUGCAUCUUCUGGCAGCGAUGACGAAAGGACACCGGAAAUUCGAGGGCGAAAGCUGGACAAGUUCAAGGAGUUGAGGGAGGCUGUCAAUCAAAUACCCCAGACGAGGACACCUUCGCCUCCUGGUGCCAGGUUUGCCAUCGGCGAGGCCAACUCUGACCCUAGCGCGCCCGAAGACAAGACCCCGCGAGCGAUGCACAUGAGCUUCAGCACCAGUGCUCUCGACCAACGCCAAAACCCCUCGCGUAAAGUUAGCCAUGUGCGCUCGGCUACAGAACCAAACGCUCAACCUUUGCUUUCAACCGACAGUGCCGUAUCCGUCACCGUCUCGGAAGAGGAUACAGAUGAGGAUCUUAUGACAAAACCUCAAAUGGUUCGCAAGAAGUCUGGUGAGCUGGUUCGUCCUGCCCUACGGCCUUCUUCGCGACGCCGCCCAUCGAGCAUGCCUGGUACGCCUGUCUUCUCAAAAGCGGUGCAUUUCGACUCCCACCUCGAACACGUCCGCCACUUCCUGCAGGUCGACCGUCCCUUGGCCGUGAGUGCCGGGUCGUCGCCCGCGGAUAACUAUGAGAGCGACACUGAGUACCCCUUCCCUACCGAGGCCCGUCCGACGUCGAGGACGCCUCCGUACGAGUGGGAGAUACUUACACCCAACUUCCCUCAUGAUGAUGGUGCGGCGAGGAAGACACUCCCAGUCCGUUUGGAAAAGGUCUGGCUGUCGGCGGACCAAAAGUCCAUGCUUGGAUCUGUGGCCGUUGCCAACCUGGCUUUCCGGAAGCAAAUCACCUGCCGCUUCACCCUGGAUUACUGGAAAACCACGUCAGAGGUGACUGCCGAGUACGCUCACGACAUUCGUCCUCACGAGGGUCCGUUUGGCUACGAUCGGUUCAACUUCAACAUCAAGUUGAGUGAUACAGCCAACCUUGAGUCGAAGACGUUGUUCUUCUGCGUUCGAUACUUGGUUAAUGGCCAAGAAUUUUGGGACAACAACGGCGGCGCCAACUUCCAGGUUGACUUUAGAAAGAAGCAUUUGCCGCAGAAUGGGAAGAACAACUUCCAGGGCGCCAUCGGUCGAUCCCGGAAUGCACUGCCGCGCAGCAACCGUCGACAGAACUCGAACAGUGGUGUGGCGCGGCCCAAGUCGAUGCCCAUCUCGGUGCAGGACUUUGGCAGCAAUGAUUCCCAGUUCAAAUUCGACCAAUCGCUCCACGAGUACCUUGGCGAACCGAGCUCCGGACCCACUGGGCUCCGUCUCAAGACCAAGUCUUGCAGCAACAUUGCUAGCGAUAACAUUGCUAAAGAUCUUACGUCCCCACGCGGUGUGGCCUUUGCCAACCGGUACGACUUUGGUGCUUCGCUCAGCGCUGCUGUGCAAGCUGCCAAGGACUCGAUGGGCAAGGAGAAGGAGAAGGAUACCCUUUACAUGAAGGACAACGCCCGAGGCACUCGCUAUAUUGCCGACACCAUGCAAGACAGUCACUCACCCCCGCUGUUCAGCCCCGUCGCUGUGCCUGGCGGCAGUGACUCCCCUCUUCCGAGCCUGCCUAGCGCAUCGUACGAGGAGCUUGUGAACAAGUAUUGUUUUUUUGGUUCGACAAAAGUUUCGCCCCCUUCCAAACAAGAGGAAAAACCUGCCGUACUGUUCGACGGUGCUUCCAAGGACAUGGCGUCCGCGCCCCGGAGAGACCUGUCGCCUAACGGGUCGGCUACCUUUUUCCUGCACAAUUCAAACAACAAUUCAAACAACACGUCACCGUCGACUUCACCCUCAGCGAACUACCUCGCGGUCGCCGAGGCUAACAAAGCCUCGGCUGGGUACGGUGUGCCUGAAUCGACGCAACUCACUCAGGUGAACGGCGCCACUGGUGGUCAGCCAAAACUCACGGAGCGAUUCGCCUGGCGAGGCGACACCCACUCGAUACCUGCGAUCCGAGGAUAGGACCGCAAUGCACAUAAUGUGCAUUCGACAGUGCCGUCCACUGUUCGGCCCGAUCUUAUCAGGCCGUCACGCGUUAAUACUCCAAGUUUCCUUACUUGGCAACAAUAAAAAAAAUCAUCUGCGUGCAUUUUCGAUGCAAGGCGUUUAUGGGAAGCUCAACUUGCUUUUUUUUGGAAUAUCCCAGUUGGCCUGGUUGCGGGAAGACCUGGCACGGUGCAUCAAUCAGAGGAGUUGGGGUUGUUUCGCUUUUCUAUGUCUGGGAGCUUCACUUUGUCUGUCACGACCAUUACGGUAACGACUGCACAGUUCGGCUGGACGAA